UAGUGUUGUAGUUGGCUAUACUUUCGCCUUUAUACGCCAAAUACUACAUAGUAACUUCCGGCGGAUAUUUAGAUAGCUUUGAAUGUAUGUUUGUCCGUAAAAAUGGUUGGAAUAGAUGGAUCAUCUGAACUAACUGAAGAUGAAGCAGAAUUGUAUGACCGCCAGAUUCGUUUGUGGGGCUUGGAGUCACAGAAAAGAUUGCGAAAAGCAAGAAUUCUUUUGAUUGGAUUACAAGGAUUUGGAGCAGAAAUUUGCAAGAAUAUCAUUCUUGCAGGUGUAAAAGCAGUUACAAUCCUUGAUGGUGGUGUUGUUAAGGAUGAAGAUGCUUCUUCUCAGUUCCUUGCUCCAAGGGACCAGCUUGGUAAAAACAGGGCAGAGGCUUCUCUGAGCAGAGCACAGCAGCUCAAUCCCAUGGUGAAGGUUACAGCUGAUCCUCAAGAUGUUGCUGACAAGCCAGAUACAUUCUUUGGAGAAUUUGAUGUGAUUUGUGCUACGGAGUGCUCUGUUGAACAGCUGAUUCGAAUCAACCAGAUAUGUCGAGAGAAGAGUAUCAAGUUUUUCUGCGGUGAUGUGUUUGGAAUGUUUGGUUACACAUUUGCUGACCUGCAGAUACAUGAAUAUGCUGAGGAGGUAACAGUACACAAAGCUUCCAGGAGCCAGAAAAGUGGGGAGCCUGCAGCAAAGGUUGCCAAGUUGUCUCCUGUGAAAGAAACAAGAAAGCAAACUGCAACGUUUGUUCCCCUGCAGGAUGUACUGGAAUUUGACUGGUCGAGCGAAACGUAUGCCAAACGCGUUCCAAAGGCAGAUCCUUCAUACUUCCUCAUGAGAGUGCUCCUUAGGUUCCGCAGCAAACACGGGCAUGACCCCAUCCCUAAGAACCGGGAAAAAGACAUAGAAGAGCUCUGUAAAAUACGGGAUGAAGUUCUUACCAAGUUGAGAGUGCCAGUGGAGAAAGUGCCCGAUAAUUUAUUCAGGAAUGUGUUUGCGGAGGUGAGCCCAGUGUGUGCCAUUGUUGGAGGGGUAAUGGCUCAGGAGAUCAUCAAGGCAGUUUCACAGAAGGAAUCACCACACAACAACAUGUUCUUCUUUAACCCAAUUAAGAAUGUUGGGUUUGUAGACCACAUCGGUAAUUAGGUGCCUCCAUCACAUGUGGCUAUUGGAUUCUUUUAAGUAUUAAAUCUCUUGAAUAUGUAGAGUCAACUUUAUAACUUUGCAGGUGUGUUGUUCUUAUGUAUCAAAAGUUCACUGUAAUGGAGAUAUUUGAGAACUC